CCCAAAGAAAGCAGAAGCAGUUUAAUCUGAGUUUGAUGCAAAAGUGGCAAUAACCUAUGAAAAUAGAGUUUAUACCAUAGAUAAAGACGAGUUUAUAACAGUUUAUACAAAGUUCAGCUUCAGCAGGAUUCAGGCUGUUUAUACUUGAAUUUUGAUAAUUUCUCUGAAAAUGGGCGAAGGAGAAUGUUCGGCCACGGUGGAAGAGCAACCGAAGAGACCCCGAAAUCGCAAAAAACACCUUUAUAACACGAUUCUUCAGCAGAUGGAAUUUUACUUUAGUGAUGCCAAUUUGUCCAAAGACCGGUUUUUAUCCACUAUUAUCAGUAAGGAUAGAUACGUGGAAAUAGAGCAGUUUCAAAAAUUCAACAAAAUCAAAAAGCUCAACUGUACAACCGAGGAUAUUCGCAAAGCUGUGCGAAACUCAAAACUCAUUGAAACAUCAGAAGACGGUUUAAAGUUAUGUAGAAAACUACCGAUAAAAGUCAAGGAGGAUGAAACUCUUUGCACAAUCUAUGUUGAAAACAUUAAGGCUGAUGCCACGCAUGAAACGUUAUCGCAAAUAUUCUCAGAUUUUGGCAAAAUUGCCUACAUUUCCAUUCCCAAGUACGCCCACAAGGUGAACAAGGGCUUUGCCUUUAUUGAGUACGAAACGCCCCAAGAAGCGGACCAAGCGUUAGCGUUCUUCAAUAGCAUCGGAUGCCAGAUGCCUUCCAGCAAAUGCCCAGAAGAACUUCAAAGUGUUAGAACUUACGAAGAGCCUGGAACUGUUGAAAAUGUUGAUGAAAAUGUCGAGACUGUGCCCAAGAUUCAUGUUCGAACAGUAAAUGAAAACAUUGAUACAGCUCCAGAUACUGGUGAUAACGUUGAAAUCGAAAGCGAUCAAUCGGCAUCGAAAGUAGAAGGUAAAACCAAAGAAGGCAAGGAGAAGAAGCGGAAGUUAAGUGAGCAAACUGAUGUACCGGCAAAGAAGCCAAAAACCGAUGAAGAAACUAUAGUAUCGAAAACUCUGGAAGAAACUCCGAGUGAAAAGCGGAAGUUAAGUGGGCAAAAGGAUGUGCCGGCAAAGAGGCGGAAAACCGAUGAAGAAGCUCAAGUGUCGGAAAAUCCGGAAGACGCUCAGACUGAAAAGUGCGAGAAGCGGAAAAAGAAGAAAAAGAAAAAGGAAAAGAAGAAAAAUAUGGUCAAAGAGUUGGGACUGCAAGUGCUUUCCAAAACCGAGUGGAAAAGGCUCAGGAACAACUACUUGAACUUGCAAAGGAAGAAAAUGCGCGAAUUAAAGCUAUAUCUUCGGCAGCAAAAAUAUGGUCCAAACGAGCAGAGUCCAAACUUUGCUGAUGCUGGUGAAACUGCCGAACAUGGCAAUGACAAAAUAGAGUUGGAAACACCUACAGAGGCCACUAAACUCGCUUACGUGUCCGGAGUAAUAGUGAAGCUUAAACUACUGGAACAAUGCAGCGACGUCAAAAAACUAAAGAACGAUAUCAAAUGCGUUGCCCCCGACGUAAAUUACGUGGAUAUCCCGUUACCUUGUGGCAGCGAGGAGGUGUUUAUAAGGUUUGCAACUAGUGAAGCAGCCAGCGAAUUUUGCGAGAAAGACUUUGAUGGGGAGAAAACUAUUUUAGAAGGGGACGAAGAAAAGGCCUACUGGGAAAAGAUUGAGAAUGAUAGAACAGUGAAGUUCAAGAAGCUGGCGAAAAAACAAAGAGGACGCGACAAAUUGCUGAAGAAAGCCGAGAAAGAAGCAGCUAAACAUUUGAGAUUCGAUGAGAAGCCGAAUUAGAUGUUUGUUAGGUAACAUCAAGUAUUAAAUGAAAGUAUCAUCAAAGUGAAAGUGGGUUUUUAAUUAAGGCCAUCCAUGUGUCUUAAUUCCUUUGCCUCUGGCGUGCCGAUAACACUUUUAGUCUAAGCUAACCUUGGUGAAAUGAGACCGAAAUGGGUCAGUGGGAAAGUCCUGAAAUCGACGUGGUUGUGAAAUUUAAAUUGUUAAUUUAGUUGGAACGGGAAAACGAAACAUUCCUAAUUGAAAUCUCGCAAACGAUACGUUUGUGUUCUAUCAACUUUUGAACUUCCCCGAUUAAACAUUUAAUUUUUGGCUUAAAAUGUUUAAAUAAAGAAACAGAAUCUGGAAAAGUUUCAAAAGGACAAUUUGCACAAAAUUGCGCUUUCAAGAGAGAUUGUACAGAAAAUUGAAGUAGGAUUACACAAAAUUACUCACUAAAUUUAUGUUUUGGGGUCAAUAAUCAUUAUCCGUACAGCUCGCUUUAUAAUAUCAACUUUUAAAUAAUAAUAACAAUAAUAAGGCUGAUAAUCUCACUUUCCCAGUAAUCACGCCUUAAGUUACUGAGCCUAAUUAAGGCUGGAGAAACUCGUUAUUAUUAAUCUGACUAGUUCGAACUUAAAAAGGAUUAAUAUCAAUACACAUCUACGGUGAAAAUUCACUUGAAAAACUACCGUUUUUGGUUUGAAUGUAUUUAAUUUCAUGUAGUUGCAAUUUGGAUUCUUAGAAGUUAAUGUUGUUGAAAAACAACUUGUCCCGAAAGUUUGAUAACGUGAACUUUGAACUGAAAUGCUCCGAUUUUAAAUAAUCGAUUUCCUCUCCUACUAUCUCUUUUAGGUCUAUAGUUGACCCAUUUUGCUUAGUUUUAUAUGUUCAGUUAUGCAGCUCCUGAAGUGAGUUUUUAAGACGAUUUUCCUUAAACGGCGCUUCAGUAAAUUAGUUCAACAAGUUGAGUUGGAGAAAACUUGGACUACUAAACAAUUGACCGUUAAACUUCGAAAAGUAAAAAUGCACGAGAUAUUGUGAAGAUUGUUGUUCCAAACUCUAUAGUGCUCUGGGUUUGUCUUUAUCAGGUGACCCCUGCAGACUAUUUUGAAAGAUUGGACAAAAUAUUUAUAUCACGCGUCAUAUGUGAUGUAAAGUCCCACUAUAUAAGAGGCACCUUCUCGAGUGAAAACACACAAUUUGAAAAUUUACUCAUUGACAAAGAAGUGUUAGAAAAUGGGCAAAUUAUUAUUCGUGGCUGCUUUAGCAGUUCUUGUAACAGUCGCAUGUUCGAGUCCUUAUGGUAGUGGCGGCUAUGGAGGAAGCCAGGGUGGUGGACAUGGAGGUGGUCAAGGUGGCGGUUUUGGUGGAGGUCAAGGCGGAGGAAGCCAAGGCGGUGGAUUUGGCGGAAGCCAAGGAGGCGGCUUUGACAGUGGAUUUAACAGCGGUAGCCAAGGACAAGGUGGGCACCAAGGAGGUGGACUUGGAGGCGGACAAGGAGGUGGACAAGGAGGUGGACUUGGGGGCGGUCAAGGAGGUGGAUUUGGGGGCGGUCAAGGAGGUGGACAAGGUGGAUUUGGAGGCAGUCAAGGAGGACAAAGUGGACACCAAGGAGGCGGAUUUGGCGGUGGACAAGGAGGACAUCAAGGUGGUGGCCAAGGAGGAUACAAAAGCCACGGCUAUUAGACACUUGAUUGCUGGCUAACGAGAUCCCGUCUUAAAAAAUAAACGUUUUCCUUAUCUCAAA